AUGGCUACUUCUCGUAUUACAACCCACGCAAAAUGUUAUGCACUUAUGCUUGCAGCGCUGAUGCACUUCGCGCACGCGAGAGUGUCGUUUAACGAGAUUAUGGAGAUGCAAAGCACUGAAAUAAGAAAUAGUACCGCCUUCAUCAACCCGAGUGGGCCGCUCUGCCUGCUGCGCGGGCUCGUGUACUCCGAUCUGGGUUACAUACACAACAAGCGCUUCUUUGCUCCUGAGAUAGAAACUGACUACAAACUGGAGCCCGCUGGAGACGAUGAAACCACAGAAGAGCACAAAUACACAAGAAACGCACAGAAGGACAAACCUUACCCAUCAGAAGAGGGGCCCGAUCUGAGCUCUGGUCUCGCUGCCACAGACUACACUGUGGAGUAUCACCGCACCCUCAUCGAGAUGUUUCCGUCUGUCGACGGGCACACUCUGUCUGUGGCUGUAGGCCGAAAGGACUCCUUUUUCCAGGCUCUGCAGAGAAUGCCCACCAAGCAGCACGCGAACUACGUGUUGGCUGCGCUUCUCCUGCUGAGCGAGGGCGUCGACGUGCCCAUCGAGGCAACAGAGAAAGAAAUCACACUAGAAAUAGGCAGUAUAGCAUUUGAGACAGGCCAGUGCAAAAAGGCUGCCCAGGUCAUAAACUUCUUCAAAGAGAACAAAGGAAAAGGAAAACUUCCGUGCACACUAGAGACCUUCAGCACCGGGGAGUUUCUAAACACUCCGCAGUUCCUCAUCCAGGCGUACGUCUUUGAGUACAUUAAGAGCAAGGACGACGCCCUGGACUUCGCAGCGUGCGUGCACACCAUCCUCAAAAGCCUGCCAGAAGACAGCUGCAAAGACGUAUACAGCGCGUGCUUUGUGGAGAGCAAGGCGGAGGAAGACGAUUUCCUGUACAUGUUUACGCAGAUUCAGAAAGUCAUGAGGGUUCUGGGCUCUUUCCCGUUCACCAGCCCAAGCAUGCUGCCGGCGUACACAAGCGUGCGCGCCUGCAAGAGAGGCCAAACCGAGUUUCUGGACGAAACCUUCAGCAACUGCGUGGAGACAGGUCUAUUUGUGCUCUUCUGCUGCCUUGCACACGACCCAGUUCAGAAAAAGUACGACGUGGAAGCCAUGCUCGGUGAGAAAAAAGAGAGUGAUAAAACAGAGGCCCUGCGUGCCUUCUUCCAGUUGGAAAGUGUCACCCCAAAGGCAUGCGCCGCUCAAGACACAAUGCAGGAGUGGAACCGCGUCGUGUCUGGCCUGCAGAGCGAGCACAUCGCGUACAAAAGGGAGAGCAGAAACGAGGUGCGCUCCGGAAUUUUCAACGCUCUCUACGUUGUGGCGGAGGUGACGGGCAGACGAGAGCAGGAGGAGCAGAGAAUACGCGAGCUUGAGCUGAUGCUAAAAGGCUGUAAAAUUGGCAAGAACUCUGGAGACGUGUUUGAAAAAACACAGGAGUAUGUGGCAGAGCUUUUCAUGUCUCUCUCCGUGGACAAAUCCUUAAAAAUCAGCUUUUCCAACUUGAAGGUCGACGCCCGAAGCGACGGGCAGAAAGACCUCUAUGGAAAAAUCACCCUGAAGUACAAAGGCAAGAACAGCGCGAUGCAGCAGGGAAUAUGCCUUGCCUUUCAGCCUGGGCAUCUGACAGUAACCCUGUGUCCGUGGACCUUCUUUUCUUAUGCGCAUGAUCCAAUAGAGGUCUUGUUUUUGGCGACAGACUCUUCAAAGCCCAAGACCUUUGCUGAGUGCGCGUUUGCCAAGUAUGCAAGCGCGUGGAGGGCCAGGCACAUGGAACUCUACAAACCAAGCCUUACUGAUGGCAUUUCGGCGAUUGCAGGCCGCCUGGCGACAAGUGAGGCCCUGAAUCACCCAAACCAGAUUUUCUUGCUCGGAAGCGCUCUGAGAUACGAACAGAUACAAGACAUUUCCGAGCACUUCAUCCUGCAUGCAGCAGCAAAGGGCACCAAACUCACCCAGGAGCACCCGGGCGUGCGCCUGCUCUCGAAUCUGCUAGGAAGCCUUCCGCUGGACGACUAUGGAACGCAAUUAGUUGUGCUUCAGCACACAGCCUUUCUGGGCAUGCUGCGCAAGCUAUUUCCAAGAAUCGUCCUGUCAAAGGAAAGAUUUUCUAAAAUUUAUCAAAUCUCAUCCACUAUCAUCGGAAUAGCGAGAUACACUGGACACAGCUGCACGCCCGCAGCAAACGCCAUUAUGAAAUACUUUAGAGAGUACAAAGAGCAGGUGCGCGAGCCUCUUUUUGGAUGUUGCCAAUUAAAAAACUUUACCAUCAUCUCUGAAAUGCUUCCCGUUUUGCUCGCAGACAAGUCAAUGCGCCACACAGACGAAAUUAGAACACUCCUUCUCGACGUGGAGGAGAAAGACCGGGAGGAGGCGCUGGAUGCCAAGGCGCUCUUCGACCUCCUCCUGUUCCUCGCCAGCUUGAAAUACAAAGACACCCCGCCCGAUCUGAUGAUUGCUCUGGGCAGCAGACUUGAGCCAAGGUCGAUACACGCAUACAAUAAUCCCAAGUACAAGCCGUAUAUCAUCGACAGCCAAACAGUCACUGCGAUUCUGGAGGGUCUGAACACACACCGGAGCGCCCUUCUGCAGACGUCCAGCGGAAAAAAGGUGUUCAGAGACGUGGUGGACAUACUCCAGUCCAUCAUAGACCAGAAUGAAUAG